CCAAAAAGAAAUUGUUUGAGGCUUUUUGUUAAAUGAGCUUCUUAUACAAUAAGAGAGUAUUUUAGAUUUUGAUCCGGUGCAAUUUCCUAAAAGAAAAUUGUUUGGGGCUUUGCGGUAAAUGGGCUUCCUAAUAUUUGUUCACCCUAAUUUUGUAACUUCCUUGUUCAUAAUCGUCGCCUUCAUCUUCUUCUUUGUUUCUUUUCCAGCGUCAGUCCAACUCUUUUGUUUCAGAUUCGAAAUCGAAAGUUAAAAGAAGUAAAUAUCAGGCUUGAUAAUGGAGAUUGAGACUCACGACUCAGCAGUACCUGUGAAGAAUCUGGUUAAAGUCGCGUUCAAACUUGGAACAGAGAGCUACACGGUUGAUGCAGUCCAAGGUGACACUGUUUUAGACCAAUUGGUUUCGAUGAAAGAGGUAAGUAUGAAGAUACUCAAGGAGUUUAUUACAAAGCAUAAUGUUCUUGAUCAUGUCCCUGAUGAAAGCUUGUCUGACGAAGGAGAUGAGGAUGAUGCUGUCAAAUGUCCUGUGAAGCCCAAGAAGACAAAGAUUUGAGAUGGACUUCCCUUUUAAAAAACCUUGUUUCAUUACUCAAACUGCUAUCUUUUUUUCUCUCUCUAUGGAUUGCAUAUGUUAGCUGUCUGUUUUGUUUAUCUGAGAAGAAUAUGAAAACUGUUAGGUUAAGCAUUAAUCUUGAUGCACUCCAUAGGACAGGUGUUACUUGAUUUUUACUGGAUGUUGGUGAUUGCAUUGCUUGUGAAGAGCAUAUCCAUUGAAUGCUCAUCGAGUUUUCGACUA